AUGGAACAAAGAAAUUUCAAGCAAUUCUUUCAUGAUACUUCAUUGAUAUUCAGUCCAUUGAAAGUCCAAGAACGAGUCAAAGACAGAAAAGAAGGAAGGAGAUGGCGACUAUUCCAUGCGACAGACUUUCAAUCCUUGAUGUAUCCCUGUUUCAUCUUCUGCCGCGUUCUCGGAAUAUUUCCGUACAGAAUUAACGCUUCAUCUUACGAAAUUUCUAAAUCAUGUAAAAUCUUGUGGACUGUCAUUAUGAGUGUCGUUUGUUUGUGCACACUGGUGACAAUCUAUGUGAUCAACCAUUUUAGAUGGUUUGAGGCCACAAGCUUACGCAGGAGUAUUGACCUUUACGUCUUUUAUAUAUUUAGCGGUUUCAUAGCGGUUGCUACAUACAUUUGGGAUGGUCCACGAAUGCGUUUACUUCAGACCAUACUGAAGAUAUCUUCCGAAUUGCCUUUGGAGACAUAUCGGAAACAGUGUAUGCUGAUCCAUGCCAAGGAUAUAAUUGGUUUUCUUUUCUUAUUUCUGCAAGGAUCGAUCUCUUUGGUCUACAUGGAAUAUCCUGUUUUGCUCAAGAUGUUUUCAAUCUACAUCACUAUGUUAGUGCUUCAGAUAGAUAUGCUAUACAUGAAUUGCAUUUGUGUAUUAAAGGCUUGCUUUGAGAGAAUCAAUGACAGUUUGGCAAAUCUGCUUGCAAUGAACAAUAAACCACAUUUAUUCAGAUACAACUACCAGGAAAAGAAAAAUUUUUUCUUGAUGAUGAAGCUAAAAGCUUUAGAGAAACAACAUCUGUUAGUUAAUGAUGCAGUACAGAUGCUAAAUAUAGUAUUCAGUCUGCAUCUCGUUGCUACUAUAAUUACAACCUUCGUUAGAAUCACUUUCUUCUUGUAUUAUUGUAUAAUAUUAUGGCAAGAUAUCUUCAACUUCCAAUUAACCAGUUCACAAAAACUGUUCUAUUACAUAUUUUUCAUCGCAUCCAUGAUGUUUUAUUUAAUGAAAAUAGCAUUGGUAGUAUGGGCAUGCGAGACUGGCAAAGAUCAAGCCAUUAAGAUUGGCAUUACUAUUCACGAUGUACUCAACAGUAUUAAUGACAAACAAAUUCAAGAUGAGUUGAAGCUGUUUUCUUUACAAAUAUUGCAUACUACUCGUCGAAAUACAUUCUGUGCGAAGGGUCUCACUAUGGGCGCGCCGCUUUUUACUGCUGUGAGUCAUUCAUUUACCUUUAUUAAUUUAAUAUAUAUUGCAUGUGAUUUUGCUUUUAGUUAA